AUGGCUACAUCAGAUGCUGCAUCUCAACCUAAUCAGGAUACAAUCAUCAAUCCCACUUCCACACUCACUCUCAAUCAAACAAUGCCAAUGCCUAAUCCUUCACACUUUCUUUCCCUUAAGCUCACCCCCACUAAUUUUCUUUUAUGGAAGACACAAUUUGAGCCAAUUCUAAUUUCUCAUGACCUUGAAGGUCUCAUCGAUGGAACUGACACUGCACCACCAUCUACAGCAGGUGCGGGCAAUACCUCUCAGUCCAACCCGGAGUUUAUUUCUUGGUGCAAACGUGACCAAAUGCUUCGAGCUGGAUUAUUGCAUCCUUAA